AUGGAAGAUUUUCUUUCAGAUCCGACGUUAACAGAUAACUCCUCAUUUAUAAUUUAUCCAAGAAAAGAAGUUUACUAUGAUUUUCAUGAUACUACAAAUUAUCAAGAUAGUUUUUGGUUUAGUCUGCCAUCAGAUUUACGAAUACUUGAGAAUAUGUCCGUUAUAGAUUAUCUACGACAAUUUGCCCAUCUUUCAUCUAGAAAGUAUGAUUUAUAUCGACGUAUAUAUAAUCACUGGUGUCAAGGCUCUAAACUUUCUAUUGAUAAAUUAAAUAAUGCAUUUGAAGAUAUUGUACCAGUACAAAUUCCAAUUAGUUGUUAUACAUUAGUAUUUAAUCUAAUUGGAUUACAAGUUAUAGAUUAUCAAUAUAUUGAUUUUGAAACAUUCUGUUGUAUAUGUAUUGCUGCAGAACGUCUUAUAUUCUAUAAAAUUAUGAAGGACUCGAAUAUCUCCAUACCAUCAAAGGAUAUUUUAGAAAUGAUAGAAUUUCAACGAUUACAAUGUCAAUAUACACAACUUAAUCUAAAUAAGAAUAUUAAACAUUUUCUUGAUUUAAUACUUCUUUAAAAUAAUGAAUUGUAUAACCCCUUUAAGUUUAUACCAAGUUCACUAUGUACAACAUACAAGUAUCACUAUAUAUUGUACGUAUAGAACAAUCCCCUUACUUCGGUUUGGGCACUCGAGCAGUAUCUCAGUCCUUACACAAAUCAAAUGAGAUUUAUGGUGCGAAUAUUUUUUUGUUGCCUCCUUGUACCAAUGUUUAUGUAUUUAAAUAAAUAAAUAUAGGUCACUUUUAAAUGUGAUUAA